GGUGGUGGUGGUGGUGGUGGUGGUAGCGAUAGUCGGCCGGGUGUGUAGGUGGUACGAUGAGUGGGAUUACGGUAACUGGUGAGAGUGGCGCCUGAUCGCCUGAUCGACAUCAACCCUACUACUACUAAAACUGGAUUGGUUGUGGGGUAAAAACCGGCGUGUAGGAAAAUCCGUUGAUUGGUCGCUGGGCGAGGCAGCGGAUUAAACAAGUGCAAGAGAGUAUUCUACAGCUGGUUCGCAAGGUGUCUGACAAAAACGGAUAACCGAGAUAACCAAUGAGACUCCACCUACACGAUAACUUUCACUAUAAUACACAAGAAAAUAUAUUAUCAUUACAAUUACUACUUGGAUCCUUUAAACGUGUGUGUUAAGGCUUUAGUACACUGUGUGUGACUGAAAAAAAAAAAAAAAAAAAAAAAAAAAAAAAAUAAAUUUAUCCACUCCUAACAUCUAUUUCAAAUGGUUCAUUAUUUAAAGUCAUAGAGGGAGAAGUAGCAUCAUCCUCAUUACUUUUUUACUCUUUUCACCAGUUCAAGAGCCAGCUCUCUGGUGGGAGUAAGCCGAGUGCACAGUUGAGUGUCACACUAAUUCCAAAAACUAAGUUAUCCCGACGAGCCACGCAAAAACGCGCAAACCACGUAAACCACACUUUACCUAAAUAUCUUUACAAACAUUUAACAAGUUUUUUAAAUAGUGCUGGGCACCAGUGACAGACGGUGUUUCAAUAAUUAUUGUUUAAAAAAUGUCUAAAAGUGAUUAUUUUUGCUCGGUGUUUAGGAUAAAUUAUAUCAAAUAAAUGUGAUAAUUGUUUUGGUUUAGUUUUGUUGUUGAGUGUCAUCGAAUGUAUUUAAUUACUGGGCAAUGGCUACCGAGAAAAAUGGAAUAGACUCUCCUAAAAGUGCAUUAUCUAUUCAACCAACACCCUUCAGUAUUGAGCAUAUUCUCAGCAAUAGCAAUUCAACUCACCACGUGGGACAGCUAGAAAUUCGUCCUGUUAUUGUUGAAGAAUCUUAUGGAGAACGUGAUUCUUUGGAACAUCAUUCAAAAAAUAAUAAUAAUAAUAAUAAUACUGGAGGUGGUGGUGAAUCAGUAAUUGAACUAGAUUCUCAAUUGUCCAGCAGCAGUGGAGCGUCUUUUUUGGGAAAAACAAUAUCUCCGGAUAGCAGGGUAAACGUCACUCGUGAGUUGAAUAUUUUAAGAAGAAAUCUAGUCAAUCAGGCAAGCUUGUCUAAUUACAAUAAUCUUCCCCUGUCUGGGAUAACGAGAGCGAGCUUUCAAAGUCUUGACGAGCUUGGUAACAUUGGCAAUUAUCGUAAAUUUAAAGAUUCACGGGAGUCUAAUCAUCGUCAGCAGGACGAAGCUUUGGAUAUGAGUAAAACUAAAUAUCUCGAUGAAAUGGAGGAUGAUAUUUAUGAUAAUCAAUCUCAUGGGCAAUUACUUCAGAACAGAAAAAAGCGAAGCAGAGCAGCAUUUUCGCAUGCUCAAGUGUACGAGCUUGAGAGAAGAUUUGCUGCGCAAAAAUAUCUCUCCGGGCCAGAGAGAGCUGAUCUUGCACGUGGGCUCAAAUUAACAGAGACUCAAGUUAAAAUUUGGUUUCAAAACCGAAGGUAUAAAACCAAAAGACGACAGCAACAAGAAUUGGGCGCGAUUGUCAAUUCAAAUGCUGCAAGACGAGUAGCGGUCAGAGUGCUGGUGCAUCCAGAUGACCAAUUGAGAGGAUUACCUUCUCUACGUACUUCUAAUUUACAACUACCGGGUCAAAUUUCAUGCCCACCACAAAUUCACCCAUCAAAUAAACCGUUCAACACCUUCCCUUACUACUGUUUACCCUAUCAUCCUCUUCUCUGUCCUUCGCUCCACAGCACUCCUCCCCAUUUACAGGUGCAACCCAAUCUACCACCCGAGAUUCAACAUCAACUGCCACGUGAAACUCAAUUAUCAAAAAUUAUUCACAAUAAUGAUAAAUAAAUAAAAAUAUUUAAAU